CGGAUUUUUGGAGCACGCAAUAAAAAAUCGGAGAAACUCCGGGAAAAAUGGAGCACUUGGCAGCUAUGUGGUAAAUUAUUGCUAUUAGAAGAGCUGCGAGUAGCGAAGGACAGUCAAACCGCCAACUUGCAGAAAGUAGAAGAGGCCUUGGAAGCCAAGAAUGCUGCUGUAAGAGAAAGAACACGUGAUGAAGAGAUUGCAGAAGUCAGCCGACUGCUGAAAAGUCGCGAAACGUUCCACGAUUUAUUAGGCGAUCUUCGUGAACAAUGGAAGCAAGCAUUCUUGCUCAGGCUGCCCGUGUACACCAAGAAUAAUCUGGACGAGAACGUUAGGCUGCGAAGUUUGUGUAACGAAACUACGCAGGCCCUUUUGACAGCCCAGGACGAAAAUAGAAGCAUUAGAAAGCGCGAGAAAGCUUUAGAUGUGGAACUGGAAAUGCAGGACAGGUCUGAAAAACGAGCCAAAGUUUUGUCUGCACAUUAUAAAGAGAAAUUUUCAAGUUUGGAUUCUCGUAUUAAAGAACUACAACAAGAGCAAUCUAGCGCUAUCGAAGUAAACGAUUUUGAAAUGCUGUCCUCAGAAAUUCAGGAAAGUGAGUCUGCUAUGUCGAAUAUUCAGGAUAAGCUUCAGGAAAUGAAUCUAGUGCUCAAAGAUCAAGAAGAGUAUCGGGAGACGCUGAAACAUCGUCUGGACAAAGUGAUAGAUCAAAAUGACAUUUUAGUCUCGAAUAUUCUGAGGACGGAACAGGUACUGAAGGCCCGGGAAACUCUUGUCAAGAAUACAGCUUCAGAGACAGUUGGUUAUGAAACUUUACAUCAGAUCAAAAUAUUUUUAGACUUAGCCGAACAGUUUAAUAAUUUAGCAGAAGUUUAAAUGGCAUUAAUUAAUAUCAAUUACACAUAUAAAUCAAUAGGCAUUUUACUGUCGAAUAUUCUGAGGACGGAACCGGUACUAAAGGCCCAGGAAACUCUUGUCAAAGACACGGCUUCAAAGACAGUUGGUUAUGAAACUUUAAAUCAUAUCAAAAUGUUUUUUUGACUUAGCCGAACAGUUCAAUAAUUGAGCCAGAACCUUAAAUGGCAUUAGUAUCAGUAGUACAUAUAAAAGCCCAGUAAAUUUAAUGUGGUUAUGUUCACCGAUUGAAAGUUAAAAACUGGGUGCAGUAUGAAAAUCUAUAUGCAUAUAUAAAUGGCUGU